ACACUCUACUCUGCAGCCUGACAGGGGCUCACCCUCCGCCCAACACCUGGCCCUCCAGGAAUUCCCCACCUGCUGCUAGCCUGCCCGGUCCUGCAGCCAGGGCUUCCUGGGCCACGAAGGGUUAAUGACCUGUGUUUUGGCUACCCAGUUCCGUUAAUGUCCCUGGGGUAAACUGAGGCAGGAAGCAGAAGGAAAUGAUCUGCCCAGCCUUUGGCCUCUGCCAGACAAUCUCUGUAUCCAGGAAAGCUCAUUCCAGUGCUCCAGGGCUACAGGCCACCUCUGCUCCCUGUCCCCUCUCUUCCCAGAACCCAGCAGUUUGGCUUGUAGCCCCUCGCCAUCUGAGACAGUUCCCAGAACCCAGGUUCUCAGGGACUCAGCAGUUGGAGUUGAGCCCAGCCUCUUCUCCUCUCAGGAAUGCAGGACCCUAAGGCUUGGGAACUGAGGUAUCUUCGCCACCAGGAAUCCAGCUCCUUCCCCUGCCAGAAGCCCAGAUCCCAGCCCCUGACCUCCCAGGUCUCUCGCCCUCAUUCUCCUGUUACCUCCUGAGCAGGUGCUUUGACUCCACCCUCCAGACUCAGAGGUCCCCACCUCCAAUGUCCCCCACCAAGGAUUCCCACCCCAGUCCCCAUUUUCCACGGGACUCAGGCAUUCAUGCCCCCACCCCUCCGGACUCAGGAGCCCUGACCCUCAGCCCCCCAGUUUCCCAGGGCCCUGGCGUGGGGCCCAGGACAGGGCGAGGUAACAGGUUAUGCCGGCCGCCCGGCCGCAGCGCGGCUCGGAGUUUCUGUUUACUUCCCGGUCCGCCCCUGGGGACGGGAGCCCUGGGCUCCCCUAGGGCUGCUCAGGGGCUGGGGUUCAGGGGCUCGGGUCAGAGGGCCCGACACAACAGCUUUACCAGCCCCAGCCCUCCGGGGGGUCACCACCCACUAGGCACACACACGCGUGCUCUCCCUCCUCCUCUCGCCCGGUGUCCCUGUGCAGCCCUGCUCGCAGGACAUGAGUGUCACGGUGGUCCCAGCCCAGCCGCCCCCAGGCCGCUCCCGGGGAUCUCCCUGACCUGGCCCUCGCGGGCCCCGCUCCCCCGCCCCGCUCCACGCGAGAGACAGGGACCGGGAGACCGCUCCCCCUCCCCUUCCGCACCUAGCUGCCCAGGUGUUGGGGCCUCCAGCCCCCCGACCCCCAGCCCCAGGCGUCGGAAGCCCAGAGAAGCGGCUGGGCUCACCCCCGACGGCUGAGUUCCUGCCGGCGCCCCCGGUUCCCCGGCGAUCCCGGUUCCCCUGCCCCCGCCCCGGCUCCCCCACCUUCUCCGCCGACGCGGCCGGACCAGGCCCUCCCCAGGCUCGAGGGGCCCGGCCCUCGGCGUCCCCCAGGCUCUCACCCGAAGCCGCCGGGCUCCCUCCGAGGUCCCCGCGGUCUCCGGUCCCCUCUUCCGGAGGCGGCUCCAGGUGUGCGGCCAA